AUGUAUUCUCCAAUUGGUGGUAUCAUUAAAAUCAUCGCUAAGGGUGAUGGUCUUGUAUUAGAGACAACUACCAAACUGACUACGCGUCUUUCACUACUUCUGCUUCUAUUUUUUAUCGACGGUAGUAUUAUCGGUUCCAUGAGCUAUAAGGAUACAAUUCAAAACUCAACUAGUCUGUCAGAGAUAACCGGUGACUUUGAUGUCGAUCCAAAGUCACAGCUGUGUGGCGUUGCCGAGAGUACAAUGGUGAAAGAGUCUCCCGAUGAAACGACUACAAAGCAAAGCUUUUCUUUCACAAGUUCUUUCCAGGCAAAUAAUACAAAAUCCAAUUGCCGAGGAGAUGUUGUGGAAGAUAAAAAUACCGAUACCGGUAAUAAUUUUUGCAGACAAGGUUUGGGUGAUCAUUUGCAAGUUCAAGGCAGGAUAUCCUCGAAUAACCUGUUUUCUAAUGAUCAACUCCCUAAUUCCACAGUUUCGGAUGUACUCGAAAACAAUAUCGAAUCAAUGAAAUCCUUGUCUUUGAAGCCGGAUAAUGGACCGUCUGGAUUCCCUUCAUUGAAUUCUAGCACUUCCAAAAAUCGUGAUUUGGCUUUUUCCGGAAUGACUGGUGAUGUCAAUCCAUUUUCAUUCGAACGAAGUCAGUCAGCUCAAAAGUUCGACGCUUGCAAUUUCCUCGGAGAUGGUUUAAAUAACAAUUCAAGCGGAAAAAGUCAUUCAACCCCUGAAUCAAGUUCCGGAAUUGAUGGUCCUUUUAAUGGUCGUAAUCCCCUUCUUCAAGAUUCUGAGACUUCUUCAAUCACCAAUGAAAAUCACAUUGGGGGUAAUUCUACUUCCUAUUGGGGUAACCCUGGAAAUGCUCAAGUGGAUGAUUUGAAUUCCCAAUCAGGUCUGAAUAAUUUGUCGCCACUGUUAACAAACUUGCUUUUCCAUCAAACUGGGAAUUCUCCUGUCAGUACUAACAGUGGUUCACAACCCAAUACAUCUAUCAUAGCUGCUAAACGAGCUCUAAUGGGUGGUCAUCAAGGAGUUAGGCCCUCCUUAUCUCGACCUCCAGGUUGGAGCCCUUCUACCACUUCUUUUGAAUCCUGCUUUCCAACGCAAUCUGAUCAGUCAUCAUUUUCUGGAAUUUCCUCUUCCAAGAAUCCCAAUUGGAUUAAUCAAAUUUCCUCCCAAAAUAGUAGCAACUAUCCCUGGUCUUCUGCAUCAUCUCAGCAAAAUUCAUUCAAGGCAAGUUUCUCCGAAACUGCUUUGGGAUUUCCAGGGAAUAACAUUGGAAAUGGUGGCAUGAGGUUUGGACCAAAUCCUAAUCUCUCUAACAUUGGUUCGAGUAAUGGUUUUCCGAAGAAUGCAACUUCUUCUAACCCGACGUCAAUGUAUUCCAUGUUCCCUAAACGUCAAGCACAUCGCGCUAUGACACACUGGCAAACACAACACCAAAGUCAACAACAUAUGCAACAAACUCCACCCUCAGCCUUGUUGAAUAAACAACAACAUAACAAUUCAGAUUUUUCCGGUUCUGGUAGUGGUCAGCAGGAGAGUAUAUUGAGCCAAAAACUCUCUCACGGCAACUUUGGAUCAGGUCUGAUGUCUGGUAAUAUGGACGGGUUGAAUGCGGACAAGUACUCUAACUUCGCCUUCGACCAGCAUCUGAUUGAAAUCAUGAAAUCUAUGGACUCCUCGGGUAACUCCCAAUCUGGUCUGCUUGAUGAUCUUGGCCUUGGGAUAUCUGCAAUAGAUAAUUAUCAUGGUGGAAAUUUACAUUCUAUGUCUAAUUUGCCGCAAUCGAGAUCUGGUUUAAUGCAAAAUCAGGGUCUCCAUGGCUUGAGUAAUGCUCACUCAAGUCUCAAUUCUAUUGCGCCUAGGGAGGAGGGUUAUUCUCGUAAAGUUUUUGUCGGUGGAUUACCUCCAGAUAUUGAUGAGGAGGAAAUCACCACAGCUUUUCGUCGUUUCGGUGCUUUGAUUGUGGAUUGGCCGCAUAAAACAGAAAGCAAGGCUUACUUCCCUCCUAAAGGCUACUGUUUCCUGCUAUUCCAAGAAGAGCAAUCAGUACAAAAUUUAAUUAAUGCUUGUAUUGUUGAUGAGGGGAAGUACUACUGGUGUGUUUCUUCGCCGACAAUGAAAGAUAAGCCCGUGCAAAUUCGCCCAUGGAAUUUAGCGGAUUCUGACUUUGUUAUGGAUGGUUCUCAGACUUUGGAUCCUCGUAAAACCAUCUUUGUCGGUGGUGUACCAAGACCUCUUCGUGCAAUCGAACUUGCCCUCAUUAUGGAUCGACUCUAUGGAGGUGUUUGUUAUGCUGGAAUUGAUAUCGACCCAGAACUUAAAUACCCUAAAGGUGCCGGUCGUGUAGCUUUCUCUAAUCAGCAAAGUUACAUAGCCGCAAUUAGUGCGCGAUUUGUUCAAUUACAGCACAACGACAUUGACAAACGGGUUGAGGUCAAACCAUACGUGUUGGAUAAUCAAAUGUGUGAUGAAUGUCAAGGCGCUCGCUGCGGUGGAAAGUUUGCACCACUAUUCUGCGCUAAUGUCACCUGUUUACAGUACUACUGUGAACAGUGCUGGAUGCAAAUCCACAGUCGCCAGGGUCGUGAGUUCCACAAACCCCUUGUCAAGGAGGGCGCUGAGAGACCGCGUCCAGCUCUUUAUCGUUGGUAG